UCUCGACUCCGAAAGCAAAGUCAAGUUUACGUCGUCUGCCCGAAAGAUGUUGAGAACGAGGAUAGGGAUUGUGUGCUCUAGUUAUGGCGUCGACCUGUAAGUAUUUUGAUGAAGAUGCCGUGUUCAGAGUCAAUAGAAGGGGACUUAUAGAUUUUGGAUUAGUGAUUGAAAAUUCAGAGUUUAUCAGCAGCGACGAGGAGGACUUAGAUGAAGUAGAAUUGCCAGAAUGGGAACGAAUGAAGAGAGGGCACGUUCGAGUUGCUUGGCAUCCCAAGGGCCAAGAGGAAGUUCUUCCAGAAAAGAAGGUAAAGUUAUAUGAUCGAUCAUUAAUGCCAGGUGAUGUAGUAAGGAGGUUAAUCAAAGGAAAAGAUACUCAAUUGGGCUAUUGUAGGAAUACACAUGUUUUAGCUGCAGUACAGUUAAUUGGAACGAAGCAAGUGAUUCCAGAUAUAAAUAGCAAAGACUUGAUUCCACUUGAGGAAUUCAGUGCAGAUAUUGCUGUCUUUCUUGAUUCUUGGGUAGGAAUGGUAAAAAUAGUGAAGUCUGAUAUUACUGUACAAUGUAAUGAUGGUUCAAGGUGUGUAUUAUCAGAUGAUGAUGCUUUCAAUUUAGAUGAUAUUCUGGAUAAAAGAGACAGAACUUCUGAAUAUAGAAAAUACAGUUUUUAUCCUGGCCAGCAAUUAUGGGGUCCUGUUCAUUGCUUUGAUAAAUGUAAAUGGUUAACUCUGAAUAAAGAAAUGAGUGCUCUGUUGUCAAAACCAACAAAAAACAUAAGAGUUACUGUUGAAGAAGUUAAAGUUAUUUCUAUAGGUGUCCAAUGGUUAUGUCGUGCUUACUGUGAAGGAAAUACAAUAUCUACAGAAAUUGAACAACCAAAAUUCCUUAUUCAAGGAGAAGAUUUAUUAAGAGUGAAAAUGAUGCAUGUAUUUGAACCUUGUGCUCUUCAAAUAGGUGAUAGAAACUUUUAUGUUAUUAAGGAAAGUGAGAAAAUUAUAACAUUAGAAGAAUGGAAACAGACACUUACAAAAUCAUUGUGUCCAGAUAAAGUUUUGAUUAAUUCUUCUGCAAAAGAACCUGAAGAUGCAGAUACAGAUAUUGUUGAAGAAACUUCAUCAGAUGUCUUAAAUAUAGAACAACAAAAUAACAUCAAUCAAAAUGAAUCUGAUUUUGAAAGUGUUGAUGAAGAUGAGGAAGGAAAUACAUCAGAUUCUGCUUCUCAAAGCAGCUAUUCAACGUCAUCAUCUGUAGAUAUUGGAAAAAAAGGAAGUAAGUCUAAGUCAAGAAAAGGUCCAUCACUUGCUACAAAAAUGCUGAAGAAAAAGAAAUUAAAGAGAGCUCGAAAAAAGUUGCUUCAAGAUCUUUUGCCUCUUAAAACUGGUGAUCGUGUAGUAACUGAAACUUUAGUGACUAAAACUAAUGCUGAUGUUGUAUGGCAGGAUGGUUCUAUUGAAGAAGAAAUUCCAUCAGCUGCUUUAUAUCCAGUUCACCAUUUAGAUGGGCAUGAAUUUUUUCCUGGUGAUUUUGUUAUCGAAAACAAAGAUAGUCCUAGACCACAUGAAUAUGGUGUUGUUAAGAAAGUUGAUCAUACUGGUCGUACUGCAUUAGUUACUUGGAUGAAAACAUACUUAGCAGGUUCUGAGCCAGUACCUGAAGUACUUAAUAACCAAGAAGUUAGUGUAUAUGAUAUCAAAGAUCAUCCUGAUUUUCGGUACAGGCCUGGUUCUUGUGUAAUACGGGUAGCCAACUUUCAGGUUGGAGUACAUUCUGAUACUGAUCCUUAUUGUACAGCUGGUCAAGUUAUAGAUGUAUAUUCUUCUGGUCAAGUACAAGUGUCUUGGGUUAGUGGGAGAACUUCUCUUUGUUAUCCUCAAGAAUUGUAUAGGGUGGGAGAAUAUGAUUCAGAUGAUCUCUGGGGAGAUGAUGAAAGUUUUGGUGAUGAAGAUAAUGAUAGUUGGGAAACAGAGUCUGAAGGUUCAAUUUUUGGAGGAGAAGAUGGUGAGAAAGAAGGUGAAGAUGACAAGAAAGCUGAGAAAGCAAUAAAGACUGAUAAGAUUGAAGAAAAACCACUUUCAACAGAAGAUACCAAAACUUUAAGAGAGAAACUUUUGGCAAAUAUUGAAAAAUUAAGGGCAGGAAUGGCAAGAUUAGAAGAAGUUUUUACUCAAAAUCCCACCUUACAAACUUCAACUGUGAUGCGAAAAUUAUUAGAAUUGUAUAAACAUUGCAGACUUUUAGAUCAAUUGCUUGGGACUUGUUAUUUUCAUGAAAGGCAUCUUCAGUAUUUAGUGGAUCGUUUACGCCAGCGAGGAAGAAUUAAUAGUGCUCAACAUGUUGCUGAUCAAAUUUCUCGCCUCUUUUCUGUUAUAGAUAGUGAAAUUACUGAUGAAAGUGGAAUUGAUGCAAGAGUUGAAAACUCUGUUAAUCUAGAUACAAAUGAUGCUAUAAAAGAUAUACAACAUGAACUAGAAAGUAAAAUUAAUAUAGAAAAGGAAGAAAUUGAAAUAGAAAAUGGUAUAGAUAUGAAAAAUAAAAAUCAAAAUGAACUUAUUUCUCCAACUUCAGUUAACAGUAGUGAACCUAGAAAUGUAUGUAGACAGUUAUGUUCUAUAUUAAAAUCGCGUCUUUUAAAAGCUCAUGAAGAUGUGGAACAAAGAUUUGGUAUGUCAGCUAAUAGUGCUAACAGUGCAUUACUAGCAGUUAAUGACGCACUUACAAUUUCUGAAGAACAAGAGUUAAAGAAAGAAAGUCCACUUGAAGAACAAGAACUAGUUCAAGAACAACCAACAACAGUUAAUGAAGAUUCUGGAAAAGUUGUUGAUAAAUUAGAAUUAAUGGAUACAGCUGGUCAAGGUAUAUUUUCAUUAUUAGAUUCUGUGCCAGAUUCUCAUAAGUACAAAUUAAGUAUUCUUCAACCAACAGAUCCUCGAGCAUUUUUCAGAACAGUAAAGAAGGAGAUUGAACUAUUUAAGACUUCUUUACCAGAGGGAAUUAUAGUCAAAAGUUUUGAGGAUCGUAUGGUAAGUAAUUAUUAAAUUCAAUAACAUUUU